AUGUCGCUGUCCCAGGCCGCGCGCAUAGGUGUUAUGACCGCCCAAAUAAUGUGUCUAGCUCAUAUGGUACGACUGUGCCGUGGAGCCUCGAUGCUGCCGACGCUGUCCUUGACAGGCGACCUCAUUGUGUAUGCACGCCUACCCUUUCUCCGCUGGCUCAGUCAGCUGCCCUUUGCUAGCCAGGACCUGCGCGACAGAUAUCCCAAGGUUCAGCCGGGCCUGCCCUCUGGCAAGCAGGAUCCCAGUGCAGGGCUGGGAUUGCAGAUCGGCGAUGUCGUAGUGUCGACGUCGCCGACGCACCCGGCCAAGACGGUGUGCAAGCGUGUCCUAGGAUUGCCUGGAGACACCAUUCUUGUGGAUCCGCGCGAUUAUAUGUCGGAGGAUGCAGGGCUGCUGGCUGCCCAUGCCCAUGCAGAUCCGAUGCUGCAAGCGCUUGUCGCAUUACAUUCGGCACGCACUGUGACAGUACCACCUGGCCAUGUGUGGCUCACAGGCGACAAUCUGGGAAAUAGCACGGACAGCCGUCAGUACGGCGCCGUGCCUAUGGCACUAAUUAAAGGACGUGUGCUGGCACGCGUGUACCCACAUCCCGGAUGGAUACGCUCAGGGUUAUCCAACGUACAAGCAGCUAUGGAGCCGUAA